AGAGGGAGAGAGAGAGCAAGAGAGAGAGAGAGAGAGAGAGACCAGGGGGGAGCCGGGUGCAAGCCAGAACGCGCGUUGCUCGCCAGUUCACCACUAGACGCCGAGAUUAGAGGGAGCGCCGCGCCCCUCACUCACGCUCACGCCCUUAGGAGACGUACUCAGUGCUUCCUUCUCCCUUCUUUGAGCCUGCGCCGCCCCUACACAGUGCCCCGCCAUGGACACCAAAAGACACGUGCCCCGCCCCGUUAACCUGGAGGAGGCGGAUGAUGGAGUGGUGGAGUUUUCGCCUCUGAACCAGGAGGACGAGGGCACGGUGACCAUCGAGGUGCCCGUCCCGGAGGAGCGCGCUGCCUGGGGCUCCAAGAUGCAGUUCAUGCUCUCCUGCAUCUCGCUGUCCGUCGGUCUGGGCAACGUGUGGCGCUUCCCCUACCUCGUGCAACAGGACGGCGGAGGUGCGUUCCUCAUCCCCUACCUGAUCAUGAUGGUCCUGGAGGGCGCCCCGCUGUUCCUGUUGGAGUUGGGCAUUGGACAGAGGCUGCGACAGGGUUCCUUGGGUGUGUGGAACUUCAUAUCCCCUUGGUGGGGCGGGCUGGGCGUCGCCUCCACCGUGGUGUCGUACCUGGUGGGCCUCUACUACAACGUGAUCAUCGCCUGGUGUUUCUACUACCUCUUCAACUCAUUCAAGAACCCGCUCCCGUUCGGCAUGUGCCCCAACGAGACGCUACCCGGAGAAAACGUAAGCAAGGUGGUCCGUGAGUGCGCCAUUUCCAGCGAGACGGCUUACUUCUGGUACCGCCAAACCAUCGACGCCUCGCCCUCCAUAGACGAGACUGGCGGGAUCAAGUGGUGGAUGGCCUGCUGCCUGACUCUCUCCUGGAUCCUGGUGUGGCUCUGCAUCAUGAAGGGUAUCCAGUCCUCAGGGAAGGUGGUGUACUUCACGGCUCUCUUCCCCUACUGCAUCCUCAUCAUCUUCUUCGGUCGUGCUGUCACACUGAAGGGAGCUGGCGCCGGUCUCAAGCACAUGUUCACUCCUGAUCUCUCAAAAUUACUCAAUCCGACGGUAUGGAUGGACGCAGCUUGUCAGGUCUUCUACUCCCUGGGUCUGGCGUUUGGCUCCCUUAUAGCCUUCGCCUCCUACAACCCCAUGAAGAACAACUGCAAGCGUGACGCCCUCUUCAUGUGCGUCAUUACCGUCUUCACCGCCACCUUCGCCACCAUCGACAUCUUCGCCGUACUCGGGUUCAAGGCUGUCGCUAACUACGAAAAGUGUGUCGACUACAACAUCAUGAUCCUGCAGGACCUCAUCCACGAGCUGCCCAAGCACACCCAGGAGAUUGACGUCAACCCAGACAACUACGACACUGUGUGGCCGCAGAUCUACACCGAGAUCAAGAAUGUUUACGAGAACACCACUCACCACCACAUCAAGAACUGCAGUGUGGAGGCCGAGCUCAGCCAGGCUGCCGAGGGGACGGGUCUGGCCUUCAUCGUGUUCACCCAGGCCAUUGUGGAGCUCCCCGGCAGCAACUUCUGGUCCGUGUGCUUCUUCAUGAUGUUGCUCGCGCUGGGUCUGGGCUCGCAGUUCGGCACCAUGGAGGGCGUCAUCACAAACCUCUUUGACAUGAAGGUGUUCGCCAGGGUGCGCAAGGAAAUAGUGACUGGGUGUGUGUGUCUGUCCAGCUUGAUUAUCGGUUUGAUCUUCUGCUCUGGCGCUGGUGAGUAUUGGCUGGGCAUGUUCGACACCUUCGCUGGCUCCAUGGGUCUCAUCAUCAUUGCCUUCUUUGAGACCAUCGUCAUUUCCUACGUGUACGGCCACAAGAAGUUCUCCAGCGACAUAGAGAAGAUGAUCGGGGAGUAUCCUGGCAUCUACUGGCAGGCCACGUGGCGCUUCAUCUCCCCCAUCACCAUCUUUACUAUUGUGGUGGCCUCCGUUUACUACAGGAUCACCAACCCGUCAACCUACCCGGCCUGGAAUGCUGAGGAGGGCUUCUCGGAGCGCGUGGAGUACCCUGGCUGGGCUAUGUUCGUCUGUCUGGUGCUGCUGCUCGGCGGGUUCCUGCCCAUCCCCAUCGUGUACUUCAUGAGGCGGUUCCAGUGCAUCCGCUUCGACAGCAACAUCCACGAGGCCUCCAUCAAGCGUGUGGAGACGACCAUGUCCACACAGGGCAUGAUCAAGGCAGAGGAGUCACUGGCCCGAAGCAACACGUCAGAUAGUGAGUGGACGAGUCUCUUCCGCGAUAGGAUAGACUCCACCAGCAGCCUUGAGUGAUGGCGGUGGGCGUAGGCAGAGCUUGAGGAGUACCAUGACUCCCCCGGCGGCGAGGACGAGGACGACGACAACGGCCUCACGGUGCAGGGCGGCAAGUUCAGGAUGGAGGUGAUUGACUAGACACACCCCUAGCCCCUUCUGGCCCCCUCCUGGCCCCGCACCCCCUUCGGCCUCCGCCCCGCCGGCCCCGCCACCACACGCCCCCCCAACGUACCUUGGUGUGGCGGGCGGGUGUACACGUGUGCAUUUGUGUGUGUGUGUGUGUGUGUGUGUGUCUGGCGGUGUAAAUAAUUAUACAUAGAGAGAAACACUGUUAGCCAAACGCUGGCCCUCCCCAGUGCCAAACAACCAGCGAGAGAUAGUGCGUAGUAUUUCUCGUGGUCUCAUUGCUGUUUGAUGAUCAUUUUCCUUUGCUCUUCGUUGCUCUGUGUCACGCGUGCCGUCUGGGUGCCAUGGGUGCCACAAGCCAUCUCGGGAACACUCGGGCGCCGCACAGCCAUCCACCACCAAACCUCCCCUGCCGGAUGCCUUGGGUGGCGCCGAGGCUUCACCUGGAUGACGCCCCGAGCCCUGCCCUGCCCUGCCCUGCCCUGCCCUGCCCUGCCCUGAGCCUCCACCACCGGCUCUCACCCACGUGUCCUGAAUGUGUAUGUAAAUUGUGAAGAAAAUAAUACUCCUUGGAGCACACUGUCGGUGGAGGAGAGGAGGCGCCCCGGAGCACACCACAUGGCACGGGGCGACCUCACAGGGGGGCGGAGCGUGAGGUGGGCUGUGUCUGAGCCUCACCCAAGACAGGCAGGUGUGUGAAGGCAUCAGGUUAGGUUAUGCAGGCCCCGCUUCCUCCCCCUCCUGUGCCGACAAGGUGCUCCCGCUGCGUCAAGACUGUACAGAUAAUACUAACAUCUAUUUUUCUUGUGUAUGUGUAUGCCUGUGUGUGCGAGUGAGUGAGCGUGUAUGUGUGACGGGGGAGGGAUGUGUCGUGUGUCUAUGUGUGUGUAUACAUGUCGCAGCCUCUGUUAAGAUCGUAUAAGCGGCUGCAGGAAAAAGGGAACAGGCGACGACUUGAUACUGCAGUGGUACACCGACACAGUUAGGCAGAGAAGAAAGGCAUCCAUGUGUACCUGUUGGAUUGGAUGGCCUCGGUGUUGUGUUGUGUCGUGUAGUGGUGGUCGGUGGUGUUGUUGGCCGCUUGUAUGAGUUUCAUGGAGUGUAUUUUUCUGGAUUUUGAAGGAACUGGUUGUAUUUUUGAGACUGAUGGACCUUAAUAUUCUCUCUCUCUCUCUCUCUCUCUCUCUCUCUCUCUCUCUCUCUCUCUCUCUCUCUCUCUCUCUCUCUCUCUCUCUCUCUCUCUCUCUCUCUCUCUCCCAAGCCAUCCCAGUUCACCAUCCCUCCCUCGCGUGAUGAAAGUGUAUAAUAUUCAUGCAAGUUUUAUACAUAUACGUGGUGAGCGGUACAGUUCAAGACAAAAGUUAGGUACAGCCUUCUACAAUCGUCUCCACUGUGCUCUGUGUUUCCCCACCAACCUUCACUCGACCUGAGACUGAAGGGAUGUGGAAGCUACAGAAACAAGUGAUGGCUGUGACUUGAUUCUCGGCCUUGACUGUAUAAAUUCGGCUCUUCACGGCUCAGAUAGCACUGUGACGCUGCCUCCUACACCUCGGGCCAAUCUCCUCCUCCUCCUCCUCCUCGCUCUGUAUCAUACGUCCCCCACGGCAUAAUGCAGGAAUAGCGAUAGUUGUGCUGGCGGUGGUGUCUUGAAAACUUGAGCGCUGUGCAUCCAUUCAUUCAUUCAUUACCAGCCUCUGUCAUUUGUCAUAGUUGUUUGUUACGGUUAUCAUCAUUAUUGUUUUUCAUUUUUAUUAUUGUUAUUAUUAGUCUUUUUUUUCCAUGCAGAGGCCCGAGUGUUGAGAAAUCUUCGUAAUUGUCUUGUUUUUCUUUUUCUUCUCUCAUUUACGCGUCGCUUUUCUUUGUAUCGUUGUUUUUUUUUUUUUUCACGGCUUCAAUUUGCUCAUUUCCUUUGGCUGUUUAGUUUUUGGAAUAAUGACAAAACUAAUAGUAGUAAACCAGCAUUGUGACUCCCUUGCAGCUCCCUGUGAAUGCAUAGUUACAUACAUACAUACGUACAGACAUAGUUUUCUAAAAAGUAACAAGAGCGAGUGGGCUGAAAGGAUUAGUUUAGUAACAGUAGGGGAAGUAACACAAGUAACACCGAAGCAUUAUAUAUGGAAACAUACAUAGACAUAUAUACAGAAUGAUGGAAUGAUGCAGUAUUAGGUAGGUUAUUUCCCCUUCCACCCCCUCCCCACUCCCCACUGCAGGCCCUCCAGUAUCGAAGAGGAGAGGCAGCAGGUUAGUGAACUGGUAACUAACUAAUUCUAACUAACGCUCUCUGUCAGUCGUAAGAGGUUUUCUUUGGAACUUCUACAAUGCUGCCACUAUGCACGCCACCGAUGCCUGGUCUGGUGUGCCCUGGUUAUUUUCGCGUCAGUAGUGUAGGUAGGACUGCUGCAGAAGUCCAAUGGUUGAUAGUAGUGAUAAUAAUAAUGCAUAGAAGUAAUAGUGGCGUGAUCAGUUUUUAUUUAUUUAUUUUUAUUUAUUUAUUAUUAUUUUUUUUUUUUUUUUUUUCGUAUUUGCUACAGAGGCCAUGUUUUUUUACGAGUAUUUGUGGUUUCCCAUGUAAGAUUUCCUGUCACUGAGGUAUUACAAAGCAGUUUUACGAAGACUCACAAUAGCUGUCACUGGUCACUGUUUCAUUUCCUUUUUUCUCUUUUUUUUCCCUUUUCUUGACAUAUGAAAGGUUAGUGUCAUAAUCUGAGGCCUUCCUGUAAGACUUGCAGGAAUGGAGACUCAGCUAGUGUGUCACGCUGCCAACGUGAAUCAAAGCUAAACGUGUCAAGUCAAGUUUUAUUUUGUAUAGUUUGAAAAAGUCAGUAAUGAGAGAGAUCUAUUUGUGAUUCAUCUUGGUAUUAACCCUCUCUAUACUGGGACGCAUUUUUACCUUGCGUUUUGGGUAUGAUUAGAUGAUUUUAUUGUCAUUAGGAAGGCUCUGUGGAGGUGGGAAGAUUAAUGGCUAGAGUCUUCACUAUUUCAAUCCCACACAUGAGUUUCUGAAGGUGUAUAAAAUCACCAAAUAGUAAGCAGAAUGAAUAUGGAAAUGCGUUAUGGUGCUGAAGGGGUUAAUCCAGCUGAGAAAUUGGAAAGAAAACAGAGGGAAAUGAGACCAGAAUGUGAGUUAUGAGAAAUGUUAUCUAAUUGACGUUGCUACACAUUCAGAUACUGCGUACGUAAUGGUAGCACCUCCCGCAGCUUGACGCCAGUAACCAACCACUGUGCUGAGAACAUACCGGCACCGCGUUCCGUUUUCCUUCAUCGGAGCGGGAACCAAUGAGAAGACACCUUUACUGACGCAUUCUCUUCCGUCUUUCUGUAUUCUGAUCCAGUGCGAGAGAAAACGUUUUUUGACAUCUCUAACUAAAAGAAAAUGAUGCUGUAAUGGAUUCAGACUUGUAAAAAAACGAUGGCGUGAUGAUUUCUCGCUAACCAGGCGCUGAAGGAAGUGUAAUUGACUCUAUAUAUACUGUAAAGAUAUGUUUUAUAUUCAACUUAUAUAAAAAAAAAAAACAACAAUAAAAAGCGAUUCUAUAUUUUUUUUCUCAUGUGUUAGUGUUGUAAUAAUAUUUUGUACAUAGGCGUGUACAUAAAUUAUCUCUCUCUCUCUCUCUCUCUCUCUCUCUCUCUCUCUCUCUCUCUCUCUCUCUCUCUCUCUCUCUCUCUCUCUCUCUCUCUCUCGUUGUUGUUAUUGUUGUUAUCGUCAUUCCACAAAACGGCAGCAAAUUUAGAAGGCAUAAGAAAAACACGUGAUGUCUUUUUUAACUAACUUGCUCUUUCUUUCUUUCUUUCGUCCGUUUUUUUUUUUUUUUUAAGUUUGUUCUAUUUUGUUUUAUUUUCCGAAUCUUGAAUUUGAGGAGCUGUAUACCAUGGACUCUCUCUCUCUCUCUCUCUCUCUCUCUCUCUCUCUCUCUCUCUCUCUCUCUCUCUCUCUCUCUCUCUCUCUCUCUCUCUCUCUCUCUCUCUCUCUCUCUCUCUCUCUCUCUCUCUCUCUCAAGGAAACGUGCAUUAUAUAGACCUAAAUUGCCACGGAAUCUCAAAAGACUAGUAAUUCUUUGAUACAAUACAACACCUGUGGAAAUCAAGACCUACCUGGGGAUAAUGAGAAUACCUUAAGUGAACACCUGGACAUAAUUACCUCAGCCUUUAAUUAACCUGUAUGGCCUUUACCUGCGAAGUAUUUGAAUCUUUAUGUAGUUAUUUUUAUAUUUGUAUUUUUUUUUUUUUUCUUAUUCAUCUUUUCUCUAGCUACCUUUUGUACACCUGGCGAGAGAUAUUAGUAUCUUCAAUUUGUCGUAGAUUGAGGUUUUGAUGUACAUGUGAUAGGAAUAUUUUAGGUAGAUAGCUACAGGUAACAAAUUAAUAGCUUGUUUUGAUUUUACUUUUUUUUUUUUUCUUUUGUUUUGAUGUACGAUAAGAAUGCAGUGUUUACGAUACAGGUAUUCCUCUAUAGUCUUUAUAAAUGUCAGUAUUCCGCUAUUUUUUUUUCUCCUUUUUUUCACUUUUAGAUGUUGACAUGUAGCUUUUCACCACAGCCACGUACUUUCACGUAUAAACAUGGUAUUUUUUUUUCAAGUACAUGCGUAGUCUAACAUUUUUCCGGCAUAUAUAAACAUACAAGGAGGAAUUUUUUUGGCAUAGAACUCCAUACUCAUUUUAAUUCAACUAUCGUACGUAGAUGUGUACGUAGCCAUGUAGCCAUUUAUCAGGUAGCAGCCAUUCAUUGAUCCUUAAGACUAGACACACAUACACACAAACUAAACCACGGUGGAGGAAUUUACUACUACAGAAAAAAAAAAAUAGGAAGGAUAAAAGCAAGUGAAGAAUGGGAGAAGAGUGAGAUGUUAAGAUAUUUAUUCAUGAAUUUUUUUUUUUUUUUUUUUUUUUUUUUGUCAAGUGAAGUGAUGGAAUGACAUAGAGACUCGAGUGUAGGCAGUACUGUUGGCUAAGGUUAGGAAGGAGGAAAGAGGACAUUUUAACACCCUCGGAUAAGAUUAAUUAAGCCUUCUCUUCUCUCUCUUUUUUUUUUUUUUUUUUUUUUCUUUUUUCUUUUUGCCAACUCGGAUGUAAGUUUCUAUAGUAUAAAGCUUUCAGGCGCACCCUUCCCAUACCUACCGAACAGAAAGAAAGAAGAAAAAUAAAUAACUUAAUUCUUCCAGGGAAGCAAAAAUAGUACACGUAGAUAGAGAAAAAUGUCAAAAAAAAUAAAGAACUCUAAGAAAAUAUACGUCAGUCCUCACAAGUUCAAAGAAAACGUGAAGAACUACAAAUUAACUCAACCGUCCGUUUCCUACAAUGCUUGUCUUGUCCGGUCAGUCAGUCAUUCAGGGGCGUGAGGUGAAGAGACCGUGCGUGCGUGUGUGCCCAGGUCGUGUGAAGGAGUGUGGUGUUGUGGUGUGGCUGCAGUGUUGAGGUGAGGCAGCGGUAUUGUGGUGUUCCCUAGGGCUGUGUGGUGAUACAAGGGUGUUCCUCAGAUAUUUGUAUGUGUUGAUGCCAUCCGUUACGUUAUUAUGCCUUGACUCUCUCUCUCUCUCUCUCUCUCUCUCUCUCUCUCUCUCUCUCUCUCUCUCUCUCUCUCUCUCUCUCUUUUUCUGGUGUGAAUUACCUUAUUCCAGCAAUGAGAUCCAGGGUAAAUGUGUACAUACAGUUAAUUCUCAGAUUAAAGCUGUGAAUCAUUUUGCAUUACGACUUUUUUUUGACGUGCGCUGUGACCGUAUGGGUGAUGUGUUGUGACUUGUCCCAGGAAGCGUGUGGAUCUGUCUGUCUUUUUGUGCCAUACUCGCGUCGCCCAGCACGUCACACGCACGGCACUGUUCCUGUCUAGAAGGUUCCGGUGUCCUGUCUCGACUAGUGCUAACAGGCUCUAGUGGGAAUCAUGUUGUUGCGGCGAAGAUAACCAGUCAGUCAGUCAGUCAAUUAUUCAGUCAACCAUUGCUCAUGUUUCGCUUCUCCUUCCCUUUGUCGCGGCGCUGGCGAACGUUCUCUUGAUGAUCUGUAUCGUUAGGUUCAUUCUUCCAUCCCUUGCAGCCACACCAGUGCUCAAUGGUUCACCUGGUGAGGCGCGUAGCGAGGGGCGCAUGGUGUGCGUUAGUGGUGGUGUGAGGAAGGCGGGCUGGGCGCCUCUAGUGACCGUGUUGUGACGCUUCCAAUCAGCCAGGCCAGGCAGGUCAGUGGGAGUCUCGAGUCAGGUCGCCGCCACGUGUACGACAUGUACAGUACAGUGUGCAUACCACUCAUCAUAUACUUCCUCUUGACGGCUGCUUUACACUCAACCACUUCUGCAGUUUAUUUUUCUCUCGAAAUCCAAAUCAUCGAUUCAUUGUGUCUGUGUAGAACGGCCAGAAGGCAGCAGGCGAAGAGCCACAGUGGCGCGGCGUGUCAGUGUGAAUGGCGAACAAAAUGACCACGGAAAAUGAAUGAAAUUCUUGCUCAAAAACAGUAACUUCUUGACCAAAUCCAAACCCUGCAGGCGGCGGGACUUCCCUCUUGCCAACGUCUGCCAGCCAAUCACUCCAUCAGCGCGGGAACAGAUUGGCUCCUCGGUGCAGAGCGUGACUCGCGGCGCCAGUGUCACGGGUCGGAUAACACGGACGUACCGUGACUAUCGUGACUCGCACCUGGCCUGGUGUUGCGGCGCUACACCUCAUCCUCCAAUCAGUGCGAUGCAUUAACAGAAGACGUCCAUCCACGUUCUCUGUGUCGAAAUUCCCUAUAUAAUUCGUGUGCCUUGGUCGUGUUGCCUUGCCCAGGGUGGCGGCGGCUGCGGGGCGGCUCCGGGUCGGAUAAUGUUAAGCGAAACUAGAAAUUACAUGUUUUCCCCCUAAAAAGACUCGCUGCAAGGCUGGUUCCUCCUCGGCUCAACCUGUGCUAGUCCGUCGUGUGUUUCCCGUAGCGAGGCAUGGUGGCGUGUCUAUCUGUCUGUCUGUGAAAGUGAGUGGGUGACUGAGUGCGGCACGCCAACCUCCUCGCGUACGUGUAGCUGCUGUACAUAACCUAACCUAACCUAACAUAGGCAAGGCUGCUGGUCUCUCCUCCGUGAGCUCGUUGUGCCACUACAUACAAGACUGCGGGGAGAGAGAGAGGCACCGUUGCGCAUCACUGUGAGACGCUAUACUGUAAGGCAAGACAGACUACUACUAUUACUACACUACUGCUACCACUACUACUACUACUAUUACUAUUAGGAUGUUUUUUUGAUAGAUUCUUUUUGAAUAAUACGUCCUUUUUUAUGUAGGAUAGUUAAGUUCUCUCUCUUUUUAUGUGAAGGAACGCUUCUUUUUUUUUUUUUUUUUUUUUUUUUUGUGGCGUGUUUUGGUGGUUGUUUGUGAUUCAGUUCAGUUACCGCGAAGGAUUCUGAGUGUUUGCUGGUCAUCUGUUUGACGUGUUUGUUCAUCAUGCUGGACAAUGUGGACACCAAUCUGCUCGUGUCCACAGCAGCUAAGACGCGAUUAGCUAUUUGUAUAACUGAUGUGUGUGUGUGUGUGUGUGUGUGUGUGUGUGUGGAAAGGUAUCGUGGCAUCGCACAGGACUAGAAGUGUUGCCGCAUUGCAUGUAACAAACGUGUCCAUUCAGAUGACCACUAAUAUGGAAACAAGUUCAAAAGUUGUAACUCUAAAACGUUAUGGACAUUGUAAACUGUAUUAUUUUGUUUUCAUACAACCAUGUUUUAAUUAUAAAAAUACUUUUUUUUCGGUCAUGCGUUCAACUUUUUCUUUUCUUCCAUAUUGAACUGUAAACUUUUCAUAUUUUUCGUUUGUGUAUUAAAUUGUAAAGUUUG